AUGCUCGCCUCAUCGUCCAGUAAGGACGAUGAUUUACUAUCAUCUAGUUCCGACGAGAUCGAGCAGGUCGCCAGGGAAACGUUGAAGCAUCUUGAUGAGAAUGAGAAGUCGAUCGCAUCGGUUAAAUCGAAUGGUAGUAUAUCUACAAUCGAUCGGGAAAAAGCUGCGGCAAGAGAAGCAGAUGUUGAAAAGAAAGCCCCAGAAGAAACUGGU